GCCGGGCCGGGCCAUGACGGGCGAGGCCGUGCGGGAGCUGCUGCAGCGGCUGCGGGCGCUGCAGAGCGAGCGGGUCGAGACGUACCGGCUCUUCGAGGAGGGCCACCGGGCAUACCUGAGCAGUGGCCCCCGCUAUGACUUCCCGCGGUACCGGCAGCUGGUGCACGAGGUCACCGUGGCCUUCAGCGGCAUCUCCCGGGAGGUGCUGGCCAUCGCCGGGCGCCUGCGGGACGAGCUCGGCCGCCCCGAGCUGGCCCAGCACCUGGCCCGGCUCCAGGAGCGGGAGCAGGAGAAGCUGCAGCUGACGGCGCAGCUGCAGCUGGCCCAGCAGCAGGCACAGGACCAGCCCGAGGUGGACGCCCAUCGGCAGGAGGUGCGGGAGCUCAAGCACAAGCUAAUUAAAACCAUUGAGGCAAUCAGCGAAAUUCUCCAGGACCUGAAGUACGAUUCAGAAGAAGUUGAGUGAUGGGUGUCCCCGUGGGAACGGCUGGAGGGGCCGGGCUGGUGGAACGGGGGCCCCGCUCAUCCCCCACCCGCUCCCGGUGCACCUUGGCAAGAGGGGUCCGGCGUGGGGCUGGUUCCCCUCCCCGGCAGUGCCAGGGCUGUGCCAAAGGCAAACCACACCCUGCAGUGCCACGGGGCUGCCGUGCUUGGCCCCCAUCGAGCUGGGCACCAUCCCUGCUGCCAGCUGGAUUCCCAUGGGCAGCAGCCCCCCAAAACCACAUCUUGGAGACUGGCUGUGCCCCCAGCCCCGCUGCAGCUCCGGUGCUCCACAAACGCUUUUUCUAGGGUCACCCCAAAUAAACCUGUCCCCACGGA